GUCCGAAAGAAAAUUCUGUUAGAAAUGUGUUGAAGACGGUUUUCCCUCGCACCAAACACACCCUCUACAUUGCCACUAUAUAAUCUCUUUCUUCAACCUCUCUCUCUUCCAAGUUCUAACCGUAUUUCUCUUUCUACAUUUUCUCUCUCUCUCUCUCUGGAGAAGAAGCUCAACUCAGCUUGUGAAGUUGGAGCUUCUCUUCGUUUCUCAUCCUUUCUGUUACGAUCGAUUUCUCCUUAGCAUUACUUCACCGAUCAAAAUGCAUAACAAGGACGUUUGUUCUCCCUCAUCUCAAAGCGGAUUCGGCGUCCGCCUCAACGCCGCCGGUCACAUGCAGUCGAACGCCGGCGCGUUUGCUUCGUUGUACUCUGCUCUGACUAACGAGCUCUCGGGAAACUGCAGCAACGGCGGAGGAGGAUUGCUUUAUCCGUACUCUGACUCUGGAGCUGAUUACGACUCGUCGUGCGUGAUACAGAAGCAUCAGGAUAUGGUGAAUCGUCACAGUAUGUGUCUCAGUCGCCUAGUGGAGACAUCCAAAGAGGUCGAAGCUCUGCAGCAAGAGAACGGACAGCUCCGUGCCGUGAACAAGGAGUUGCAGAAGAAUCUGAACCUUCUCGUUCAGGCUUCUCUGGAGAAUCGAUUUGGCGGCGGUGACUCCUCCAUCCAGACACAUUCGAUCCCGUUUGAUGCCUUGCACAGUUUCCGCGGUUUGAAUCUUGGCGAUGGAAAAGAAAACUGUGCUGAUUGGAAUAACAAUAACAUCAAUAAUAAUAACAAGGAGCUUCUGGAAGCUUCGGAUGAGAGUCCAACGAGUGUGAUAGAUAAUGGCGGUAUUGAAACAGAGAGGUUCUCUCUUCCGAAAAGCAUAUCUGUGAGAUCCAAUGGCUACUUGAAGAUUGCUCAGCCUCCGGCCGUCGUAACUAACAAUAAUGCUUGUCGCAGCACCAAAGGCGCUAUCCGCUCCCGCGCGUCUUCCACUCAACCUGAUGCAGUUCAAAAGGUAUAUGUGCGAGGAGGAGGGCAGAAAGAGGAAGAGCCUCUUGAGAUGACUGUGUAUAACCAGGGGAUGUUCAAGACUGAGCUGUGUAACAAAUGGCAGGAAACUGGCACAUGCCCUUAUAAUGACCACUGUCAAUUCGCUCACGGUAUCGGGGAGCUUCGCCCGGUGAUCCGCCACCCACGCUACAAAACUGAGGUCUGCAGGAUGGUCCUUGCUGGGGUUGUUUGUCCCUAUGGCCAUAGAUGUCAUUUCCGUCAUGCCCUUACUGAGCAAGAGAAAGCUAUAUCACAAUCUACGCCCAGAUCAAGGAAGCUGGAAAGAUAAAUAGUCUCAUGGAGUUGUUUGUUUGAUUCAAAACGUAUACAACAGUACAUAAUAAUAUUCUUGAUUGUGUAAUUACCAAUUGAGGUCUAGAGCAUGAUUCUUGAGGAGAAUAUGGUCGCUCAUCAUGUCUUUCUUUUUUCUCCCCUAUAAGUUUGACAUUUUGAUUUUUGAACUCUACAUACAUCCGUCUAUAUUGGUCCCAGCACAGCAAACAAGUACUAUGUGAAAUAAUACAUUUUUUGGAUAGUUUUGUAACGAUACUCCUUCCAUACUUUACAUAUUAUGCAAUUCCUCGUUGUGUUUGUAA